UCCCCAUUCCCAGACCCAGCCGCGCCGCCGCCGCCGCCACCCACCACCACCACCACCACUAUGGCUGUCUUUCUUCCCUGCAACGACGCCGGCAUCUGCAUGGUCUGCGGCGUGGCCGUGCAAUCCGAGGACGAACUGCUACGCUGCUCCACCUGCGUCACCCUGUGGCACUCCCCUUGCCUCUCGAAUCCCCCCGCGGUCUCCGAUGCCGCGACCUGGAGCUGCCCCGGCUGCUCCGUCGUCGUCGUCGACCCUGCACCUGCAGCUGCCCGCGCGGCGGCCCCUGCGACUGCGACAACAGGAGGCGAGCUCAUCGUCGCGGCCGUCCGCGCGAUCGAGGCCGACACCACCCUCUCCAAUGCAGAGAAGGCGCGACGCCGGCAAAACCUUCUCGCUGGCCGAUCUGCACCCGAUGAUGUCGACGACAGCGCAGAGGACGGCGUCCUCAACAUCCUCGGCGAAAGCUUCAGCUGCGCCUUCUGCUUGGAGCUGCUGGAUCGCCCUGUCACUACACCAUGUGGGCACAAUUUUUGCCUGAAGUGCUUCAACGGAUGGACACGUAAGGGAAAAAGGGCAUGUGCAAAAUGUCGUCAACCGAUCCCGUCCAAAAUGGUGCAACAACCUAGAAUUAACUCUAAAAUGGAUGAAGUCAUCCGUAAGGCCAGGAUGCCAAAGACAACUAAUUCAACUGGCUUAGUAGAUUCACAUCGCCAUUAUAUACAGAAUGUUGAUAAGCCCGACAGGGCAUAUACAACUAAAAGGGCCAAGCGACCUGGAAAAGCAAAUGCUUCAAGUGGCAAGAUUUUUGUGACAACUGAACCCGAUCAUUUUGGACCGAUCCUUCCCAAACAUGACCCCAUGAGGGAAAUUGGCGUCAAAGUUGGAGAAACAUGGGCAGAUAGAUUGGAAUGCAGACAAUGGGGUGCUCAUUUCCCUCAUAUAGCUGGAAUUGCUGGGCAGAGCGGAAAGGGUGCUCAGUCAGUCGCCCUAUCUGGAGGCUAUGAAGAUGACGAAGAUCAUGGGGAUUGGUUUCUUUAUACUGGAAGUGGCGGGAGGGAUCUAAGUGGAAACAAGAGAACAAAUAAAGAGCAAGGAUUCGAUCAAACAUUUAGGAACAUGAACGAGGCUCUUCGACAAAGCUGCUUGUCGGGUCACCCUGUUCGGGUUGUGCGGUCGCAUAAAGUGAAACACUCUUUGUACGCUCCUAAAUUGGGCGUGAGGUAUGAUGGAAUUUACAGAAUUGAGAAAUGUUGGAGGAAGAUUGGUAUUCAGGGGAAGUUCAAAGUCUGCAGGUAUCUCUUUGUACGCUGUGACAAUGAACCAGCACCUUGGACCAGUGAUGAUCAUGGUGAUCGUCCAAGGCCAUUGCCCGACAUUCCGGAGUUAGAAAAUGCAACUGAUAUAUAUGAGAGAGAUGAGCAACCUUCAUGGGGCUACGAUGAGAGAGAACGCUGCUGGAAAUGGAUGCGUGAUGAACCGCAGCCAACAAGGAUAAAGAAUGCUGGCAAACAAGUCCAGAGAAGAGCAAGGUCUAACACUAAAAGACUUCUGAAAGAAUUUAGUUGUUCUAUCUGCUGCAAAGUGAUGACAGAACCACUCUCUGCUCCCUGUGGUGACAACUUCUGCAAGACUUGUUUGCUGGGGGCAUAUGAUAAGCAGUCCUCCGUGAGAGAAAGAAGCGGUGGCGGUCGUACCCUUAGGGCUCAGAAGAUCGUGAAGAGAUGCCCAUCCUGUAGAAUUGACAUCAGUGACUUCCUAGUGGAUCCACAGAUCAACCGAGACAUAAUGAAUGUGAUUGAGUCUCUGCAACUGAAACUCGAAGAAGGUAACACCACCAAGGACAUACCAUAUGGUGGUGGUGACAUGGCUGAGGAAUUCCAUGAUGAUGAACAAGAGGAAAAUGAUGGCGGCGGUAUGGAGAUGGAUGAGGCUGGUUGUAGCUUUGAUGUCGAAGAGGGAGACAAUGCUGAGGAUCAUGAGGAUAACCCAGCUGAUAUGGAUGAUGAUGCUUGUGGCGAAAUUGUGGUUGGAAUCAAAGAAGAAGGGCAGCAGCCUGACCAGAAACGCAAGGGUGACACUGACAUUGGCACUGAUGGUCCUAAUAAAAGGACGACAACCAGAGUUGGCGUGGGACAACAGAACAGCAAGGGCGAUGAGGCAGGCAUGUAAAACUCAUGGCGGUCAUGUUGCGAGCAGCGGUCGCAGGGGAAUGUACUCAGGACAGUGUGAACAAUGCUGGUGGUUGCUGAAGAUAGUUUGUAGAGAGAGGCGGUGGAGGUGCAGGGAUGCUGAUGGCUUGGAAACACAAACAGCAUGUUGUUUUAGGCUCUGCGUUUGUAGACAUUGUAUGCAUGUCGACUGAGAGGUUUGGACUGUUUUCGUUGAUUUGCGUACUCUUGUUGGGAACUGGAUUGCGUAAACAUGGUUUGCGAAAAACUUGUUGGAAUACCUGUACUG